GGAUACGAAUCAUUGUAAAGAAUCUAUAGUUUAAGUAGUAGUCGAUACUUGUGCCCAAAAAAAAAAAAAAAGUAGUAGUCGAUACUAAGAAAAUGGAGAUGAAGAAGCUUUUUAAAGUUGUGUUCCUCUUGGUCGCUUACUUAACUUGUUCCCUUCCCAUGGCUAGUUACCACGGUUGUAACAAGGUUGCAGAGAAGGCAAUGAGAAUGAGUGUAAUCGGAGAAGAUUCAAGCGAUGAGUUUGGGAACUACAAGGAGAAGAAGAAGAAGGUGAAUUUGUGGUCAGGUCGUAAGUUAGCUUCCGGUCCAAGUCGUAGAGGUUGUGGCCACUAAAUUUUUAGUUGGGGUAACAAGAUUAUAAUUUAAGAUAUUUAAUUUUAUUCUCUAAUUUAUGUUUCUUGGUAUCGUUUAGUAAUAUGAGUAUUGUAGUGGGUUCUUAUAACUUAAUGAAAGGAUUGGAGUUUU